AUGGUCGAAUCUGCAGCUCCCGCAGCUGUCCCGGCUGACCCGACAGAAAAGUCGGCUGAGCAGACGGUCGAUUUGCGUCUAAUCUCACCAUCAUGGGAGACGGCAGACUCUCCUCUUCUCGCUGGCCUGUCGGCGUCUACCACGAUCGGCCAGUUGAAGGAGCGCGUGCAGGAGGAGGUGACCACUCGUGGUCGCUCGUGGCAGGGAAUGCGCCUCAUCCACCGAGGACGAGUCCUGGAAGGCGAUGCCAGAACCCUGGCAGAUGUGUUUGGCCCGAACCCGGAACCCGGCGCACUGGCUGUGCAUCUUGUUCUCAGAGACCCUGGCAGCAAUUCGACUGCUCAGCCUGCCUCGACCAUGCCGACCGCUCCAUCCUCCCAAGCCGCCGCCACGGCUCCGCCGACAGCGACCAUCCCUCGACUGAGCCACCAGCAACAUGUGGCCAACCAGGCACAGGCACAGGCACAGGCAGCCGCAGUUGCAGCUGCUGCUGCCACGGCUGCAGCCACUGCCAAUGCUCGCUGGAUGCACCACUUUUCGGCCUUGAACAACAUGCAGCAAGGCGUGCCCAUGCCCGCGCCCACCCCGUCGCAGCAGCGGUGGUCACCGGGGAUGCCAGGCCAGCCCGUUCACAAUACCGCCCCUACUGCUCACGGCCAGACGGCCGGAGGCCAUCCUUCCCAGGAGCAAGGACAGCCGUCUGCGGCCGAGGUGGCGGGAUUGUUCACUACGACAAACGUGACGGUUCAGAAUGCCGGCGGGCGUAAUACGGUUACUUAUUCAACAACAACCAAUUUGCCGGCGAGAGCUGCAGCUCCACAGCCGCAGGAGGCUUACAUCCUGUCGUCUCCUGCGGGGCCAAGGGCUCUUCUGGUCCAUGGCGACGCAGAGUUGUACCUGGCGCGGAAUGCGUCUGCUCCGGCUGCUAGCAACCAGGGAACUGGCACGCUGAGUUCCGGCGAAACGUGGGGCGCGCAUAUGCGGAUCAACAACCCUGGAGCCGGCAUGCUAGCAGCCAUGGUGCCCCAUAUAUGGCUCGUCGCACGGCUGCUACUGUUUGUUUGGUGGUUCACGUCGCCUGACGCGAGCUGGACACGAUGGUCGAUGGUUAUACUGCUCGCAACGGCAAUGUUUGUGGCUAACACGGGAAUGUUGGACGGAGCGGCGAACCAUGUAUGGGAGCCGAUUCGCCGCCACCUGGACGGUCUUGUGCCAGCAGUGAACGUCGGCAGGGCACCGGGUGCCAACGUGAACGAGCCGGCGGGUGGACAGCAGGCCGCGGCUGUUGUGCCGGGGAACAACGGUGGAGGAGCAGGUGGAGAACCGAACCCGGCGCAAAUGGCUGCUCGACUAGUGGGGCAACAGAGACAGGCCAAUGGAGACUGGCUGAUGGAACAGAUCCGGCGUGCGGAGCGGGUGGGCAUAAUGUUUCUGGCCAGUCUCGCGCCGGGGGUGGCCGAGCGCCAUGUUGCGUUGGUGGAGCAACGGCAGGCGGAAGCAGAGCGACAGCGGCAGGCAGAACGAGAUGCAGCAGAGGCUGCAGCUGCAGCGGCAGUGGCAGAGGCAGAGACAGAGGCAGCAGCAGCGGCGGAAGGGGCAGAUGUAGAGGAAGCGGAGGUCACAGGCGACAGUACGGGAAUGGAUGGGAUUGCAGCUACACCAGAGGUGACGACAGCAGCAGAAUGA